AUGGCAAAUUGGGCCGCUCUUCCGCUGGAAAUCCGGGAAAUAAUAUUUGGAUAUAUUCUCGGUGCACCCUUUCCCCUUCAAUCCCAGAAGCUCCUUGAAAAGGCCGCAGACGGCGAGGCUGUCGCAAACUAUGCCUGCGUUUCGCGUGAAUGGCAGCGCGUCUUUGAGCAGUGCACGUUUCAAACCUUGGGCUUCAAUGCCAGUGAUAUCUCCACGUUUUGUGCAGCAGUUGAGGGCGACCAGGUUGUUCGUUUAUCCUACAUCACGAGAUUGCAGCUUUUCAUUCCCCUUGCCGAAUACGACUGUUCUCUCUGUUCGUCCGAAGAGAGCGAGGACGAGGCGACAAGAAAUAGCAUUGUUUUUACGGAGCUAUUUCUACAGCUGUUGUUCGCCUUGUCGGCAUGGAAAAUGUCAGAUAUGAAAAGUGGAAAUGGAGAUCUUUCGAAAAAGGGGCUUACACUUACCCUGUCUGUCUUUUCGCGCAGUGAUUCGAAGCACUCGUUUCAUAACUUCUGGCGCCAUUUUCACGUCAUGGACGACAAUCAUCCAUGGUCCACCCGUGGCAAGCUCCGUGCCCGACGCAAAAAAGUGACCAGCACGCAACAUGGAUGGAUUCGCGGCAUGCGUUCAGCUCAACCGUCCCGUGCUGCCGCUCAACGUGUCUUGGGCAGACUCAUGCUUGCAAUGAACGUCGGCGGCCUAAACAACCAAUACUCUACCGGCUCUAAGGAAGAUCAAAACAACAAGACGCCCAAUACGGUCGUGACCCCGAGAGUCUUGCCAACAAUAGAAAUUAUUCGGCACUUUAAAAUGACUCGACGGUUCUGCCGCACGAUUCACCCGUGUCUUCUCGCGCAGCUCGUCGCGUCCUGUCCGUCGUUACAAAGUGUUCACCUGGAACAGUGGCGGCCCGUCGACAUUGACAAUAUGGAAGACGUCGAGCACGGCUAUGUCUCCAUGUUCAGCAGUCCACUGCCGACGACGCUCACGUCCUUCUGUCUCUACCAGGACUCGCAUAUCAGUAUGCACAACCAGCUCGAUUCCCUCCUACUUCGGACACCGUGUCGUAAGAUUGGCCGGCGCCUGGCCCAGGCAUGCCGGACGCUCGAAACGGCGGCCGUCUCAUUUUGGGCGGAAGCCGAUGACUUCUUCAGAGCCACCCAGCAGACGCCAAGAACAGGGGACACUUGUAACUGCUCACAAUGCUUCAUCAGCGCUAUCGAGAUGCAAGGUCAGGAGUCGAAGCCAGAAGACAACAGCCCCGAUGAGCCCGUUGAGCAAUGGCCACGGCUCCGCAACCUUGCAUUAACGUCGUCGACAUUGAUGACCGACUCUCUAGAACAAGUCCAUGUACUCCUGCGAUGCGCCGCCCAAGCCGCGGCACGCAUGCCGGCGCUCCAGACGAUGGAAAUAUGGUUUGCAUACGAGAGCUCUUACCAUGCCUCUGUGUUUCGUUUUCAGCCGCAUCAGUAUGCACCCACGCUGUCAUCCGCUCUGUCGACCAACCAGUCGGCCGGCCAGUCGGCCAAUUGGUGGCACAUUACUUGCCCCUCUCUGUCCUUCUAUUCGACAUCACCCACGGACAUUGUGCCUUUCCGUGUAGACGAGGUUUUAUCGCCGAGCAUCGUCCGGCUUUUCCAGGGCGUCGUGGACGGCUAUGCCAGCAAGGAAUGCAGCUGGGGCCGCCGCCCCCCGUCCAACCCGUCCAUGCCCCUCACAAUACAUACUGAGACGUGGUCGACGCGUGGCGAAUUCGGCAUUCCACUUGAUGGGCGAACCCAUGCACUGGACAAUAUGGUCCUGGCGCCCCAUAUUCUGACGGCCCGCUCACGCAAGGUGAUGCGUUUUGAGCGCCGUGAAGUGCUUGAUAUGAUGUGA